AUGGAGCUGCUGGUGUGGCUAAGUAGCGUGUUAUUUCUAGCACUUGUGCUGCUACUUGUCCGUAUAUGGCAAGUAGUAAUUCCUCUACGUGUCAAAGUGUCCGUCUCCACUUAUUCCAAGCCUUUUUUUCACGCUCAGAAUGCAUUAAACAGUAAAAAGAACAAGGAUAAACGAUACCAAGUUCGAGUGAUGGCAGUUUUAGGGUCUGGAGGUCAUACGACGGAGCUUUUGAAGCUUAUAAAACGUCUAAAUAGAGAAGUGUAUACUCCUAUUACAUUUGUCGUGGCUCAGACGGACAAAACGAGUCAAAUGAAGACGGAAUUGGACUGGAAAUUAACUGCGAUCGACUCAUUUGCCAUUAUUCCCCGUAGUCGAGAGGUUGGACAAUCGUGGAUGUCGUCCGUGUGGACGACGUUGCAAUCAUUGCAAUCGUGUCUUUAUCUGGUCUACAAGUGUCGUCCACAGCUCGUGCUUUGCAAUGGUCCCGGUACUUGUAUUCCCAUUUGUGCAGCAGUCGUGCUCUUUCGAGUCUUUGGCGUACAUACUGAUUCGAAGAUUGUUUUCUGUGAGAGUUUUGCUCGUGUACAACAUUUGUCACUUACGGGUAAGCUGCUGUACUACGUGGCCGAUGAAUUUGUCGUGCAGUGGCCACAGUUGCAGAUGAAGUAUCCAAGGACAAAACACUUGGGUGUCAUUUGCUAG